UAUUCAUGAUUCAUCAGAAGCAGCAAGAAGUGCAAUUAUUGGAAUUAUUUUGGAAGUAUGAAAAGGAGAAUGACGAAGUGAUUCCAAUGCUAGUUUGGUUGGCGCCAUGCCGUACUUGGUUUCUUGGGAGGUGUUUGCUCGCGAAGCGGAACGGUUGUAUCUCGAGAACCCUGGAAAGGCACGCUUUGUAGUGAAAUACCGGCAUAAAGAUGGAGAGCUGGUUAUCAAGAUAACAGAUGAUGUUGUGUGCUUAAAAUACCGCACGGACCAGUCUCAAGAUGUGAAGAAGCUGGAGAAAUUAAGUAAUUCCCUGAUGCGGCAUAUGGUCGGCAAGUCAUCAUAGAAGAAUAUUGCGGUGAAUUUGGUCAAAACGCAAUGUUUUACGAAACAUGUGAAAAGUGUGUACUUUUAGCGCGGAAGUGUGAUCGCGAUUUUCCACUGGGACAGUCAGGUCAUGUUCAUUGAGCCAUGCAGUUCUGUUUUCUUCAACCUCAACUUUUUGAAGUGAUUGAGUGAAAUAAAUAAAUUGGGCACAUUAUGCCCCAAUGCAGUUCUGCCUUCAACCAGAUGAUGCACUGAAUGGCCAAUGAUAUCUGGCCAUCGACUUCAAUAGUCCUGCUGUCUGACAAGUGUUUUCAACACGAAACUUGGAGUAAGAGCGAAGAGAGACUUGGGUGUGUCA